CACAGAAAUAAUGCCCAAAAAGAAAGACAAGACGACGGGCGAGAAAACGGACGAAAAGAAGAAAACGUCAAGAAAGGAGAGCCCAGUGAAUAAAACCGGCUUCGACGACAAAGAGAAGGAUUUGUACCUGAUUCAAAUACGACAUUUGACCGAGGAACUGGAGAGAUAUGAGUUAAAAUGUGCUAAACUAGAGAGGCAGAACACAGACUUGGUCUCUCAGCUCAGCACCCUGGAAGAGGACAGGAAGGGCAUCGCUGAGCAUCUGAGACACAGUCUCCUGGAGAAGGACGGAGAGGUGGAGGAUCUGUCGGAGCAGCUGGAGAGUCUGCAGAAGGCCUUCGCUCAGGACCGAGACGCCCUGCAGCUGCAGCACAUCCAGACCAGGCAGCAGCUCCAAGACCAAAUCCAGGAGCUCGUUGAGAAGAACGAGACACUUGCGGAGAGGCUCGCUGCUCUGGAGGAGUUCCAGCCGCAGAGGGACGAGCUGCUGUCCAACGUGGCGUCUCUGGAGAAGCAGCUGGCUCUUCAGACAGAGGAGCACAAAGAUGAGAUUCACAGUCUGGAGAUGAAAACGCUGAUGGAGCGGAAAAGAUGGGAGAAGGAACUGGAGAAGCAAGCGGCGGCCUCGGCGGCGGAGGUGCAGCACCUGGUGCAGCAGCGGCUACCGGAGACCACCAGGCUGGCCCUGCAGGACGUGCUGGAGGUCAAGGCUCGCUGCAGCCAGCUGGCGGAGCUCGCUCGGCUCCUGACGGAGGAGAAUUCGGGCCUGCGGCGGCGGAGGAGUCAGCUGAGCGCCGACGUGGACGUCCUGGAGCAGAUGCUCCGCAAGACCUCACGCAUGAGCUGCGUCCACAAGAAGAAGGUGGACGAGCUGACGGACACGUGCCAGAAGCUGCAGGUGGAGCAGGAGGACUGUCGGCAGCAGCUCGAGAGGCUUCGGGCCGAACACACGCAGGUUCUGGCUGAGAUGGAAGAUCUCAGGUAACGUUUGAUUAAACUGUUGGCGGUUGGUGGUUCAUGUUUCUCUGUAUUUAAACUGAAAGCUUCAGAUUAUUA